ACAGAAGGAUACCUUUAAAGUUAUAAUAAUUAUAACCGUUGAAUUUUCAUCCAAUAAUCCACAUUUCUUGGUUCUCCUCACCCUUAGCUCGGGAGAGGAUCCUGAUCAUAUGGGAACUGAGAAGAAGCUCCACCCACUGCAAAUCGAUCGAUUUCCUUUUUACUUAUUUAUUAAUUUACCCGAAACAGAAAAAAGUUAGAAUCCCAAAGCCAAGAACUUUUUAUGCUUCAUGUAGUUACAUGGAAAAGCAGUUCAAUCCCCACUUCCUUGAACCAUUUUUCGAGGUCUUUUCGUUUUUGGCUCAUAUUGAUGCUAUGGUUAGCUAUCAUGAGUAAGAUCUUCAGCUUCUUAUGAUACAAGCGAUAUUCUACUUUAAACUAAUAUAGACUACGGGGUUCAAAUCUGAGUGCACAGGAGGGAGCACAUCCAGUCUUAAGUUGGGAAAAUGGCAAUGGCUUCUCCUGUCAAAGUGGUUCUUGGCUCAAUUGCUUUUGCAGUCUUUUGGGUGUUGGCUGUGUUUCCGGCUGUCCCUUUCUUGCCAAUCGGUAGGACUGCAGGGUCCCUCCUCGGGGCAAUGCUUAUGGUUGUUUUCCGAGUCUUAACUCCUGAUCAAGCAUACGCUGCUAUUGAUCUCCCAAUCAUUGGUCUUCUGUUUGGGACAAUGGUUGUGAGUAUCUAUCUCGAAAGAGCAGAUAUAUUCAAGUAUUUGGGCAAGUUGCUCAUGUGGAAAACUCAAGGGGCAAGGGACUUGCUCUGUCGAAUCUGUUUGAUUUCUACAGUUUCGAGCGCUCUCUUCACCAAUGACACCUCUUGUGUGGUUUUGACCGAGUUUGUUUUGAAAGUUGCAAGACAACAUAACCUCCCACCUCAUCCUUUCCUACUCGCCCUUGCCUCGAGUGCAAACAUUGGGUCUGCAGCAACCCCGAUCGGCAAUCCUCAAAACCUUGUUAUAGCUGUUCAGAGUAAGAUAUCUUUCGGGACAUUUGUGAUUGGAAUUCUCCCUGCAAUGCUUGUGGGAGUCUGUGUGAAUGCUUUGAUUCUUCUAUGUAUGUUCUGGAGAUUGUUGUCUGUCCAGAAGGAUGAGGAAGAUCCAGCUCUGGGACCUGUUCCAGAGGAGGAUGUAAGUUGUCAUCGGUUUUCACCAGCUACAUUGUCACAUAGUACAUCCUUAAACUCUCAAGAACUGAACUCUAGAUUGGAAAUCCAGACUCUACAAAGUUCUCCGAAUCUUAAUGUGAGCAUAGGUAAUGUCGAGACUCUUAGAAACCGCUUACCUUCUAGCGAGAAUGAAGUGAACAAGGUUCCUAGUGGCAAAGAGUCUGCAAGAAUUUCAAGUGCAUCAAAAGAGGAGACGAAUGAUUUGUCUUCUCAUAAAAGGGACGAAACAAUCCCAUCAAAAAGGUCUCCAUCGAAUGAUAGACAAACAGAUGCAUUUCCUACGGAGUCGUUGGAAGGGAAGGAACAUCUGACCAAAAGAUGGAAAAGGAUAUUGUGGAAAUCUGGUGUUUACCUUAUUACCAUAGGAAUGCUGAUUGCACUGCUUAUGGGCCUCAAUAUGUCGUGGUGUGCGAUUACUGCUGCACUUGCUCUGGCUGUUCUUGACUUCACGGAUGCCCGUCCAAGCCUAGAAAAGAUUUCCUAUUCACUCCUGAUUUUCUUCUGCGGAAUGUUUAUAACCGUCAAUGGAUUCAACAAGACCGGCAUUCCAAGCGAUCUUUGGGACUUCAUGGAGCCGCAUGCGCAAAUUGAUCAUGCUAGCGGGAUAGCAGUUCUUGCAGUCACCAUACUUGUGCUGUCAAAUUUGGCUUCAAAUGUACCAACUGUUUUGUUACUUGGAGGGCGGGUGGCAGCGUCGGCGGCCCUAAUCUCUGCCGCGGAGGAGAAGAAGGCGUGGCUCCUAUUAGCUUGGGUGAGCACCGUGGCCGGAAACCUGUCGCUUUUGGGAUCAGCAGCCAACUUGAUAGUGUGCGAGCAGGCUCGCCAAUCUCCACAACUUGCCUACACAUUGUCCUUCUGGAGCCAUCUGAAAUUUGGAGUCCCCUCCACUCUUAUAGUCACUGCUAUUGGUUUAACACUAAUUAGAUGAAACUUUUGGACAACAAAGAAAGCAAGCAUCUUUGUAUAGUUUUUUGUCUACCUUUGUAUGGGAAAGCAUGAAAGAUUGCUCAUUUGUAACCAAAAUGUCACAGGUUCGAGUCAUGAAAAUAACCUCUUUGUAAAGCAAAGACAAAGAGGCGUAUGAUAGAUGUUUAUCCUCCCCCCCCCCCCCCCCCCCGACCUUCACAAAGCGGGACCUUAUUGGGGGUCUCCCUUUAUUUGUAUGGGAUUUUACUAAAAUCUGUAGGCCAUCAGACGCUGGGUUUAAUUGUUUUGAAGUAGAUGAAAUAUGGGCCUUUUGACCCCAAAAAAAGAGAAGAAAA